AUGUGGAUUCUACCUCUUGUUGGCUACCUAGGCUCCAUCGUGGGCUUCUGCUUUCUGACCCUGGCAAUCGCUUCGGGUCUCUACUACCUCUCCGAACUCGUCGAGGAGCAUACGGUCACCGCGAAGAAGCUCCUUACGAAGCUCAUCUACUCGAUCAUGGCCCUGCAGCUCCUGCUAUGCGUCGUCGACCGGUUUCCCUUCAAGCUGACCCUCAUGGGCAUCGUCUCCCACGUCGUCUACCUCGGCAACAUGCGCCGUUUUCCCUUCGUGCAGCUGACUGACCCUCUCUUCCUGGCCUCGUGUGUUCUCGUCCUCGUCAACCACUACCUCUGGUUCCGCCACUUCUCCGCCGCCCAGCAGCAAUCCUACUCCAACAUGCACUCUUACUACGACCAGCCCGACGUCCCGAGCUUCACCGAGAUCGCCUCCUACUUUGGCCUCUGCGUCUGGAUGGUCCCCUUCGCGCUCUUCGUGAGCUUGUCCGCGAGCGACAAUGUGUUGCCUACAAUGGGAAGCGAGGACCCGCUGCGGGAUUCAUCUGGCAAGAACAAGCGCCAGGGCUUCGUCAAGUCUAUUGUCGAUACGGUGCUCGGUGCCAUUGGACAGGUGUUCAGCGGAGUGGGCUGGGACAGGAGGUGA